AUGUCGAAGCUCACCGACUUUAAACUCCUCUCCUUUGAUGUGUACGGCACGUUAAUUGACUGGGAGGCCGGGGUUCUAGAAGGCCUGAAACCCCUCACCAACAAGGCGGGACUCACGAGGAAACAAGCUCUCGAGCUAUACUUUGAGUUCGAAAGCACGGAGCAGGGCAAAACCCCGGACAAGUUGUACUCGGAGCUCCUCACGGCGAUAUACCCGCAAUAUGCCGCGCGGUUGGGUCUCCCGGCCCCCUCUGACGAAGAGAGUAAGGCCUUUGGGCAAUCGGUCGGCAAGUGGCCCGCUUUCCCGGACACAGUCGACGCGCUGAAGCGGCUGGGGAAGCAGUAUAGACUCGUGGUCCUCUCGAACGUGGACAAGGAGAGCUUCAAGGGUAGCAAUGCAGGGCCGUUGCAGGGUGUCAAGUUCGACAGGAUCAUCACGGCGGAGGAAGUCGGGUCCUAUAAGCCUGAUCGUCGCAACUUCGAGUACAUGCUCAGAGCGGUCAAGGAGGAGUUUGGCGUCGAGAAGCACGAGGUGCUGCAGACGGCGCAGAGCCAGUUUCACGAUCAUCAUCCGGCGAGGGAGAUGGGUAUCAAGUCGUCGUGGAUCGAGCGCGGUGGGACCAUGGGCAACCGGGACUCGGCUGUUUAUGAUUGGAAGUUUAAGACGUUGGGAGACAUGGCGGAUGCCGUGGAGGAGGAGCUGAAGGGGAAGAAGGAUUGA